AUGUUUGAAGCUGGUAAUACAAAAAAUAUUUACGAAUCUGACAAUAUGGGAAAUUUUCUUAAUGCUGAAUCUGGUACUAUGGAUAAUUGUUUUAGUGCAUACGACUCUGGUAAUUCAGAAAUUUUAUGUAGUUCUAGCAACCUGGAAACUUUUUUUAACACGUUUGGGCCUGAUAACAUAGAGGAUUUUCUUAAUAUGUUUGAUUCAAAUAACCUGAAGACUUUUUUUGAACAAGUUAAUAAAAAGGGAGACAAUGAAGUUAUGAAACAUACAGAAAAUUUCUCAAGUUCGUCUUCAGAAGCUCAUGAAAAUCAAGAUAAUAGGAAAAAUUCAGAACCACAGUAUUUUAUUGAAGCAAAUAUGAGUUUUAGAGAUUGGGAUGAGCUUGGAAAUGAUAAUAUAAAUAUGGUGGCGUCAUAUUAUAGAAAGCUUACUCUAGAGAUAAGUGAUGAAGUAAAAUUUCUUGCAAGUUGUGGAGUACAUGCUGGAUUCUCAGAUAAAUAUGUUUAUGAUCAUAAUGUGUAUAAUUUGAUUCAAUCAAUCUGGUGCAAAAAAGGAGAAAUAAGUGAUGCUGGUUCAUUAUACCUCGAGCUUGUGAAAAAACAGCAGAUGGAUUCCACUUUUCAUGUUGAUGCUCAAUUCGAAGGCAAGGACAAUCAUCUUACAAGACUUUGUUGGAUGAGCCCAGGUCAACAGCAGCUGUAG